AUCAGCAGCAGUGAGGGUAUUGGAACCACCACUGAUUCAGAGAUACAGAGAGACAGAGGUGGACGGCACUGGCCGAGUCAGCGAUGAGAAUGUGGAGGACCAUCAAACUCCUUCCACUGUCCUUGAUGAUCCAUGUAGCAGAGGCUACAUCGGUGAGUGACCCAGUGAUCUGCUACAUCUUAGAUGCCUUUCUCCUCCUCUACUGCAUCGUCUUCACGGCGCUCUACUUCAGAGAGAAGUUUUCCAAGAGUCCAACUACACAAGAGACCACCAACCAGACACAGGAGGGUGAAGGGGGUACUUACGAGGCAGUGGCCACCCAGAGCAACCCAGAGACUGGGGCAGUGCGACGACAGCGGGCCCCAGCAGCAGACGAUAACUAUGCGGCUCUGCAGCACCGGACGGGAGACACCUACGCACAAAUCCAGAACAAAAAGAAGAAGAAGAAGGAUGCCCAAGCAAGCAGGACCCAAGUGUAUGAGUCUCUCCAACAGACAAGUGCAGAUACUUACAACUCACUGGAGAUGAGGCCUCUUCCACCCCCACAUCCACCAAAAUGAGCUGGUCAACCUCUUGAAUCAAGGGUAUAGGUUUGAUUUUCAUCAAUUUGUCUGCACCACCUAAAAACAUCUUGAUAAUUCACCAUUUUUAGUCAGGCUCUUCAUCAAUUUAUGAGAAUUUCAGAUAAUUCAACAGAAAUGUUGGUCAGAUGUAUUCAUUUGACAUUUGUGAAAUUCUAGUAAUUUCUCACUGAAUACCUCUGUAAAGUAUCCACUGUCUGCUAUUACUGUGCAUCUGUCUCCAUAAUUCACCAGGCCUACAGUUGAAUUUACAGUUUGAUGAAGAACACUUGAAUUGAUAUCAUGCACAGCCUUACACUGAUGACCAUCUGUUACAGUUUAACCCUUUGGCUCCUUGACUAUUUAGUACCUUUACUUUUAACUUUUUAUCUUGGUCAUUAGACAGGGCCCGUCUAUGCAUGCAUUUUCAGGUCAAUCUAGGCUUCCAUCUGGCAUUGUUUUAUUCACUGAAGACCAGUUACUGAACCGUUGAAUAAAGUAUAUUACCUGUGUUUGCAUAUGUGCAGAUGUCAUGUAGCCCAUGGUUGAUCUGUGCAUGCUUUGACCAACAUUUGAGGUAUUGAUAUGGAACGCAAAUAAACCAUCUUUUGGCAUGAUAUAUUGUAACAUCACCCAAUUUUGGAGACAAUGACAAAAUUUGAUUAAAUCGAGAGUGCCUAGCUGUAUAGAUAAACGCAAUAUACCAUUUGGAUUUUGUAAGUUCUAAAAUAUUUGGCUGAUUGGUAUGUCUGAUAUGGUUUGUCAUGUAAUGAGUGAAGAGUUACUCAACAGGGAAGAAUGGAUGGAGCUAUAGGCAGAAUGUAAAUAUGUACAUUUGAUGUAAAUUCAACGUUAGUUUUCUCGCAAACUGCUUAUCACAGUGACUAGCACCAUUUGAUAGCUCUGGUUGUGCCAUUUCAUGCGAUAUCUGUGUGAUGUUUUGAGGCACUGAAGGCUCUACUUGGCACAAAUUAAUGUACGCUGCCGUUUCCAAUAAAGCCUUUGAGAGUUCUUUUUCCUUCUUAAUUCAGAAUUUAUAAAUUAUUAUGAAGUUUUUGUAAUUAAUUGACCUUCUUGUAUGAAUACAGAUUGUUGAUGUUAUUGAUGCAAAUGAGUUAAUUCUAUGAAAGAAUAAUAAAGAUAUGAGUGCUAUA